AUGCUACAAGAAAAAAUAACUAGGGGAAAGUAUGGUGACAAUGAACAAUUUACGUGCUCUCUAUCUCUUGUAUUAGUCCAAUGUGUAGUUAACUACAUCUUUGCGCAAAUAUUGAUGGUUUCAUGGAAACAUGAAAAAGAUACCACACGUAAAAUAUACUACUUUUCAUCAGCGAUGACUUAUUUAUUGGCUAUGGUGUGUUCAUAUGUGGCACUACAAUGGAUUAACUAUCCAACACAGGUUGUUGGUAAAGCAGCAAAACCCAUACCAGUUAUGAUUCUUGGAGUUCUAAUUGGCAAAAAGUCAUAUCCAUUGAAGAAAUAUCUAUUUGUCUUCCUGAUAGUUACUGGGGUUGUUCUAUUUAUGUAUAAAGAUCAAGGCAACAAAUCAAUUGAAGGUUCGUCAGGCUUCGGCAUUGGCGAGCUCUUACUGAUUUUAUCUUUAACUAUGGAUGGCUUGACUGGGGCAGUACAGGAGAGAAUCAAAAGUGAAUCAUCCCCAACAGCCUAUUCUAUGAUGCUCAAUACAAAUGCUUGGUCUUCCAUUAUUAUUUCUAUUGGAGUUAUAGCGAGUGGAGAAAUUUUCAAAUUCGUGGCCUUCGUAAAUUUAUAUCCGGAAAUAUUGAUUUACAUAGUUGGACUCGCCUUGAUGGGUGCCUUAGGACAGCUGUUCAUAUUUUAUAUGGUGGCAGAAUUCGGUCCACUCCCGUGCUCUGUAGUAACGACUACUAGGAAAUUCUUCACAGUACUCGCAUCCGUUGUAAUAUUUGGAAACGUAUUACAUUCAAGACAAUGGAUUGGUGCGAUACUAGUGUUUUCUGGUUUGUUCCUAGAUAUCUUCUACAGUAAAGGGAAAGCCGUCAAUAAGAAACCAGUGAACAAA